UUUAAGCGUAAUUUUAGGCAAUAGGUUUUUUUUUGAGUAUUUUGUACUUUCCUUUCAGUACUACGUUACUUUCAGUUUAAGAUUUUGUCUAGUUCACCUAAGACCAAGAGUAAAAUUUAUUAACAAUAUAUGGAUAGAAAGGAGGACCGCAAAAGUUUGCAUGAAGUUGAUGAAGAGGCAGCAUGUAGCAGCAAAUCUAGUGAAGACAGUGCUAACGAAACAACCGAGUCGAGCGGCGAAGAAGAUGUUUAUUGUGAACAGUAUCAAGAAGCAUGCGAAGGUCUUGAUAACAAUAGGAUAGAUACAGAGCCCAUUCAUAAUCAUGGAAAUAUUGGGACAGACCCUCAGCAGACGAAAUUACUAAAUAGAUAUACUACAAUCUACGACCGAAGAAAUGGGACAGAGACUUCAAAUGAAAAAGUUUUGUACACUCGCACAAAUGGAAAUACUCAAAGUCUUAAUGGAGAAGAACGAGAAACGACUACUUGCAAUUAUGAUAUAGAUCAAGAUAACGUAAGAGGAAGUCUAGAAAAUGCAACAGAUGAACCUCACAUGGAUUUUUUAAAGGCAGAAUUACAUAUGGAUAAUGACAGUGAUAGUGCAAAUAGUUCUUUCAGAAAUAGCCUUGAAUAUUCGUCUUCGAAUAGAGAUACAAUUUCCGAAACGUUUAUUGAUAGUGGAAUAGAUACAGACAGUCAGGGAAGUGAAACGAAUCGCAAAGAGAUUAACAGACCAGAGAUUGAUGUACAUGAGCAUGGACAGGAAUAUAGACAAAGUGGUAAAGGUUCGGAAUUGAACAGAAUAAUAGAAGAAACAGUAGACGAACAAGGCCAUGAUAAGACACGUCUGCAAAGUAUUAAGAUGACUUCGAAUGCCAGAAUUAAUGCAAAAUUGCAACGCGAUGAAAUUGAUACUUACGGUGAAAAAAAUGCUGAGGAAUAUGCUCUUUCAAAUGAAACUGUAGAUGACACAAGACCAAAGACAAUAUAUGUAAAUGUUGAUGUCAAAAUACAACAGGGCGAAUCGAACGACCUUCAACAAAAUGAAGUGAGUGAUGGCGAAUUACAUGAUGAUACAGCUACAAAAGAGAAAGGAGUGUGGCCUGGCAAUAUACCACACCAGGAAGAAAAACAAGAAAAGGAGAGCUGUGAAAUAUUGGAUGCAGAUAAUACAGCACCGAAAGAGACUUUGUUUCCUUCGAGUAAUGAGUGCUUGCGAAACUGUUCAAACAUACGUGAGGCUGAGUUACAAUGUUCCGAGAAGCAUGGCGUAGAAUGUAUAUUGACUGGCGUCCCAAAUGAGAACGUUUUAUUACAAGAAAAUGGGUUUGAAAGUAACGAGUCAGAGUGGGAAGUCGUAAGUGAAAGUGAUGUAAUUGGAACUGCUUCUACAAAUUCAGAAAAUACUGAAGAUGUAGAACAAAAUAAUGAAACAAAAUAUGGGGAAUCGGAAGGUCAAGACGCAGCUUCCUAUCCUAAAAGGCUGUAAAGACUACAUCUGUGAUAAUAACGUCUGUGAUUUUGAAAUUCUAAAUAUUUGUAUUAAAAUGUAAUUUAUUCAUUUGUUUGAACAUGUUGUUUUUGUCUUUUUUGGAACUAAAGCUCAAUAAACUGU